UUCUAUAGGAGGCCUGUCUGUGGGAAACCUGUCUUUAACAUCUCAGACCAUCCAGCUUAAAUAUUUGACACCACCGUACGAGGAGUUAAACAGCAGCAAGCAUGUAGUUAAUCUUCUGUGAGACACAGCCAGAGGCUUCAAAGUGCUGCCCACCGGCCGCCUCUUGGCCACUUUGGAGCUCCUUCCUACACGGAGCAAACUUCCUCCUGGAGAUGGAAAUAUCAGUCCUGGCCAAGAAGCUGUGGUGUGUCCACAAACAGCUGAUUCUCCUGAUCACGCCACUCGUGUUUUUGCCUUUAAUUUUUGCGCUUCCAGAAAAGGAGGGAAAAUGUCUGUAUGUGGUGGUGCUGAUGGCCAUGUUUUGGUGCACAGAGGCCAUGCCUCUGGCCGUCACUGCCAUGCUUCCGGUCUGUCUCUUCCCAACGCUGGGAAUCCUUCCAUCCAAAAUGGUCUGCCCUCAGUACUUCCUCGAAACCAAUUUUCUUUUCCUCAGUGGUCUUGUGAUGGCUUCAUCCAUCGAGGAAUGGGGCCUGCAUCGUAGAAUAGCCUUGAAGGUCCUUAGUAGUUGUGGUGUAAAACCAGCCUGGCUGAUACUGGGGAUGAUGCUCACCUCCUCCUUCCUGUCCAGGCUCAGUAACACAGCUACAACAGCCAUGAUGCUGCCCAUCGCCAGUGCCAUCCUGGAGAGCCUGUUCGGGGAUCUGGAGAGCCUGAAGCAGAGGAGCAAAUCCACUGAGGACUCAAACACUGAUAUAAUACAUGGUCAGUCUACUGUAAAGCUGCAUUCACUGCCCUCAGUGCCCUCGGAAAAACAAAUGCUGUCAAUUGAUGAAAUUGAGGGGACGGAGCAGAAUGACAUGAGGACGGCUGAGGAGAUCCAACAAGAAGCCGAAUACCAGCUGAAAGUAUGGAAAGGAUUCUUGAUAUGCAUCCCUUAUGCAGCCAGUAUCGGAGGCACGGCCACCCUGACUGGCACUGCACCCAACCUCAUCCUCAUCGGACAGCUGAAAAGCUACUUUCCAGACUGUGAUCUCAUCAAUUUUGGCUCCUGGUUUGCAUUCGCUUUUCCACUCAUGCUUCUCUUCCUGGUGUUGGGAUGGGUGUGGAUUGCUUUUCUCUACGGAGGACUGAAUACACGAUUGUGCUUUAAAAAGGAGGAUCGAAGAGCACAAGCUGAGGCCAGAGCCAAAGCUGUAAUAGAGGAAGAUUACAGAAAACUAGGGCCCAUAAAUUUUGCAGAGGGGUCGAUUGCGUUCUUCUUCGUAUUGUUUGCCAUCCUCCUGUUCACCAGAGAUCCAAAGUUUGUCACAGGCUGGUCUGUGUUUUUAAAAAAGGGUAAGAAGAAGAAGUAUGUUUCAGAUGCUGUCACUGGUGUGAUCAUUGUGUCCAUAUUGUUCUUCUUCCCCUCACAGAAACCAUCUCUCAGCUGGUGGUUCGACCCUCAAGCUUCGAAUACUCGCUAUGUUCCUCUUUUAUCAUGGAAAAAAGCCCAGGAAUCAGUUCCGUGGAACAUUAUUCUGCUGCUUGGAGGUGGCUUUGCUAUGGCCAAGGCUUGUGAGGAGUCAGGACUCGCCUCCUGGAUCGGAGGCCACCUCCAGCCUUUGGCCGAGGUCCCUCCUGCUGCAGCUGUGAUGCUGAUCACAGCUUUCCUCGCCUGCUUCACGGAAUUUGCCAGCAACACAGCCACUAUCAUCAUAUUUUUACCCGUCAUUGCUGAACUGGCCAUUCAUGUCUCCAUUAAUCCACUUUACUUCAUGAUACCAGCGACAGUAGGGUGUUCGUAUGCCUUCAUGCUUCCAGUGUCCACACCGCCUAACUCCAUCGCGUUUGCAUCAGGGCAUCUCAUGGUCAAAGACAUGGUAAAGACAGGCUUUCAUCAUGAACAUCCUGGGUGUCCUGUCCGCUCUCUUGGCUAUGAACACAUGGGGCAUGGCCAUGUUUAA